AUGAGAAACAUUGAUCCGAACGGAAGCGGCACCGGGGCCUGUAUGCCUGAACAUGAUCCUGUGGUGAUAUGUGGCAUGGCAAUGAGGCUUCCGGGUGGCGUCAGUAACUCGGAACAGUUCUGGGACCUCCUCAUCAACAAGCGAUGUGGAUCGAUACCUGUGCCAAAGAGCAGAUUCAACGCCAAGGGCUACUACAGCGAGCAUAAGCGUCCGGGAACAAUUCAACUGAAGCAAGCGUACUUCAUGGACCAUGUUGGUCUCGAUCGUUUUGAUGCUUCUCACUUCCCUUUCAGCCGCAAAGAAGUUGAGAAAAUGGACCCAGUCCAACGGAUGCUUCUGGAAAUAACCUGGGAGUGUCUCGAGAACGCCGGAGAAACAGAUUGGCAAGGCAAGAAUGUUGGCUGCUAUGUUGGUUCAUUCAUGGAAGAUUGGGGCACGGAAAUGGAUCGCGAUACUCAACAUUUCAGUACCUACCCGGCUGGCAAAUGGGAUAUCAUGUUGUCGAAUCGCAUUUCUUACGCCUAUGACUUCCACGGACCCAGCAUGACUGUAAGAACUGGUUGUUCAGCAACACUGGUGGCUCUCAACCUGGCCGAACAAGCUGUGAAAAGUGGCGAGUGUAGCUCAGCUAUUGUCGCUGGUUGUAACAUCUUCCUCUCAGCAGCGUCAGCAACAAAAGCUUCGUAUGGCACUCUGGGGACGGUUCUUUCGCCAGAUGGGAUUUGCAAGACUUUCGAUGCCGAUUGCAACGGUUAUGGCCGAGGCGAAGCUAUCAAUGCCGUUUACGUGAAAAGGCUCUCACAUGCACUGCGAGAUGGGAACCCCAUUAGGGCCAUCAUCCGCUCUACUGCGACCCAGCACGACGGCAAGAAGCCGGGACUACUUAAUCCCAACACAUUUGCGCAAGAGGCCCUCAUUCGACACACCUACAAUAUUGCUGGGAUCACGGACUAUUCCCAGACUUCAUUCUUUGAAUGCCAUGGAACAGGGACGCCUACCGGAGACCCCACUGAGGUUUCUGCAGUGACAAGAGUCUUUGGCGAGAAAGGUGUUUUGAUCGGCGGUGUAAAACCAAAUACUGGACACAGUGAGGGAGCUGCAGCCCUUACUAGCAUCAUCAAGGUGGUCCUGAUGCUCGAACGAGGGAUCAUCGCUCCCAACAUCAACUUCAGCACACCGAAUCCAGACAUUCCAUGGGCCGAUGGAAGAAUCAAGGUUCCCACAGAGUCUCAACCAUUCCCCUCAGAUCGCUGUAAGAGAGUCAGUGUCAAUGCCUUCGGAAUCGGAGGUACCAACGCACACGCUAUUCUGGAAGCAUACGAAGGGAACAAUGUUUCUAGGUCAGCUCUGACCUCCUCAAGAAAGAGUUCCCAUCUGUUGCUCUUCUCAGCGUCGAACCCUCAAUCUCUUCAUAUGCUUGAAGAAGCCUACAAGCAGCAUGCAUCUGAAAGACGUGCUAAUCUUAAUGACCUCGCUUACACGCUUGGUUGUCGACGAAGUUACCUCAACUACCGGUCGUUUUUGAUUGCUCAUGAUGGCAGCGAUGGACCACACUUCACGGAAUCUGAAUCUCUAGGAUCAACUACAAGCACGAAAGCAAGAAGAACCGUAUUUGUUUUCAAUGGUCAAGGAGCUCAGUGGCCGACGAUGGGAAAGACACUGAUCGAGUCGAACUCGAUUUUCCUGCAAUGCAUUCGGCGGCUGGACGUAGCACUUAGCCGCUUGCCUCGGCCACCAUCGUGGAAGAUUGAACAUGAGCUCUCCAAGGCUGAAGGUGAAAGCCACUUGAUGGAGUCCGAGUUUUCUUUGCCCUGCAGUACUGCCGUUCAAAUUGGAAUCACGGAGAUACUACGCAGCUGGUCUAUUCGGCCUGAUGCAGUCUGUGGUCACUCGAGCGGUGAGAUUGCAGGUGCAUUUGCGGCUGGUGCUCUGACUGCAGACGAAGCGAUUGUGGUCGCGUACUUUCGAGGCUACAUCCCUAAGUCCAUGGGCACAGCGCGGCAGGGAACCAUGGCAGCCAUUGGUCUUGGCUCACAGGAUGUCUCCAAGUACUUGGAAUCAGGGGCUUUUGUUGCCUGCGAGAACAGCCAAAAUAGCACAACAAUCUCAGGCGAUAUUGCCGCCAUUGAUAUUGCCGUGGCUAAGGCCAAAGCAGAUGGCGUCUUUGCUAGACAACUCACGGUUGAUCGUGCCUACCACUCUCCACACAUGGAGGUCUAUGGCAAGGCGUAUGAAGAGGCUAUACGCCCAUUCAUCAAGUCCAAGGCGCCAGAAGUUCCCUUUUUCUCAAGUGUCACAGAAGAACGUGUGACGGAUGCAGGAGCAUUGGAUGCUGCCUACUGGCACCAAAGUCUCGUCCAACCUGUUCGCUUCAAUGGGUCUUUAAGGCGUCUGCUACGAACAUACGGCCAAGCCACGAACCCGGUGCUCAUUGAGGUUGGCGCUCGCCCAGCUCUGAAAGGCCCCAUCAAGCAGAUCCUCGACGAUUUUCCAAACAUCAACGCUUCUUAUGUACCAACAUUGGAACAUCACAGUGACGGAAACGAGAACAUGCAAAGGGCGGCUGGCAGGCUGUUCUGCGAGAAUGUGUCCUUCGAUCACCGGGCGGUCACGCCCCCAGGCAAGCCUCUCACAGACGCGCCCACGUAUACAUGGGCCCAUGAUGAGUCUUUCCAAGAGGAGCAUCGCAUUUUCAAGGCCUACAGAGACUGUCAAUUCCCUAUGCACGAUCUGCUAGGUCGACAGAACUUCGAGACCAGCGCCUUGGAACCAACGUGGCGCAAGGUAUUGCAAGUCGAGGAUCUUCCCUGGCUAGGAGACCACAUGAUCAACGGUCAGAUUAUCUUCCCCUUCGCAGCAUAUUUAUCCAUCGCGGAGGAAGCUCUGCGUCAAGUCACUGGCGGCGUUUUGGAAGCAUUCUCGGCAAAAGACUUUUCAGUCACUUCAGCCUUACACCUGGAGCCUGGAAACCCGGCAGAGAUUCACACUAGACUCCGACGUAUCGAUGAGUCUUCUUUCCACGUUCAGAUCACUUCUUGGAAGAACGAUGUCUGGACUGAGCACUGCAGUGCCGAAGUCAGUGCCGGACCAUUCCCUCUCCGUCCUAGGCAGGGUAUUAAGAAGAAGGAGUUCCCACGUCUUCUUUCUCCUCAAUACUGGUACACUACUGUUCAGGACCGCGGCUUCACGUACGGUCCUACCUUCAGGGGCCUUGACAACAUCAGUGUGAGCCCGUAUUCCAGAGAGGCAACUGCCUGUGUGCAUCCCAUGGACGACCCAUCGGACUAUCUCAUCCACCCCACUGCACUCGAUCAAUGCUUCCAGACGCUUGUCACAGCUGGCUGUCAUGGUCAGCAUCGGAAGGCCAAAUAUGUUUCAAUGCCCAGUUCAGUGAAGGAGAUCUUCAUCUCAAGAGCUACGGGAAACUUUUGGGCGACAGCAACAUCAAACUCUUCGCCACUUGGUGAGCUCUCUGGAUCAUUGCUCGCAUACACGGAUGAUGGCAAAGAAGUCAUGAGCAUGAGUGGCGUCCAAGGAAGUCAGAUUGCUACACAAGCCGGUACCGAUGAGCUGCCUCUUCUCAGCCACGCUCGUUGGAAUGCACAUGCGAACUUCUACCCCUUUCAUGAGCUACACGGCCAAGAUUCUCUUGCAACUACGAUUGACAUUCUCAAGCUUACUAAUCCCCAGCUGCGGGUGUUAGAAGUAGGCACUGGGUCAGACACGACAACGAGGGUUCUCCUUGAGCACUUGCGGCCGGAGAAAGGAAGGCAGUACUUCUCCAAGUACACGUACGCAACACUGAGCUCUACCGCAUUGAGAGAAGCCGAGGAGGCAUUUUCAGACAUAGAUGGCCUUGAAGUCGGAUGUCUGAACCCUUUCAGUGAUGAUAAGCCUUUGGAUCUCGAGUCUGGUUCCUACGAUAUUGUUAUAAGCAACUCUCCCUUCGAUUUGCUCGAAGAUGCGAAGACUUUUCUCAAUCGCUUCAAGGAUCUUCUACGUCCUUCGGGACUCUUAGUCCUUCUGGAUAUCCCAAGACACGAAGGCAAAGUAUCCGAGAGUCUUUUACUGGCGUGUAAAGAGGGUGGCUUCGACGUGACCAACGUGGAAGACAGACCCCUUGCCGCUGCUACGCUGAUUCUGAGGUUGCCUGUGCCUGUUUUCUCUGACAACAUUUGCAUCGUUUCGCCUGAACAGCCGCAUCAGCUCGUCGAUCAUUUCAGAUCCGCUCUUAAGUCAUCGUCAAUUCCAACCCGAACAUGUUUUAGCACCAAGGACAUCCAGGCCGAUGACGCUCUGGUUUUCUUCUGGGACAUUGUCAAACCAUACCUCUACAACAUCACCGAAGAGCAAUUCGCCCCGCUCAUCGAGCUUCUGUCCGGACACAAGAAGCCAAUCAUCUGGGUCACGCCCCACUCCCAGACCUCUUGCACAAGCCCCGACUCAGCCAUGAUACAUGGACUAGCUCGUACACUACGUUCAGAACUCAAGACUGAUAUCACCGUGGUUGAGUUGGACACAUUGGUAGACAAUCCCGGAAACCUUGCUCAAUGUCUGCUACAAAUCGUGAAGAGCUUGCCUUUGCGGCGCCUCAAUGAUGUCUUGAGCCCGGACUUUGAGUUUUUCAUCAAUAACGGUGCUGUUCAAGUACCUAGAUUUGAUUGGACCACGGCUCAGGCGGAGUUAUCCCGAUGCUCGUCACGCAGAGCUGCACAGUUCUUAUCUAGGCUGUUGCCGAAGAAACCACGUCAAAUCGACUCGUUGAACUGGAUCAACUUCCCCUUGCAAGAUCUUGAAUCUGGCAGUGUCAGAGUUGAGGUCAAGGCAUCUGCUAUUUGGAAAGAUGAUGCCGAUACAGUGAAGCGUAUCGUCGAUACCAGCAAGCUUUGCCUUGGGCAUGAGGGAGCCGGAGUGAUCACCGAAGUUGGUCGCGACGUCCAAGGCUUUCAGGUUGGAGACAGGGUUAUGUUCCUUUCUAGCGGGGCCCUCACAAGUCACCUUGACAUCUCGCCCACACGCUGUCUCCGACUGGAAGAGGAGACUUCCUUCGAAAUUGCUUCCUCCUUGCCUUUUUCGUAUGCAGCAGCCUUCUUGGCGGUUGUCGAGUUCGGAAGAAUUCAAAAAGACGCUGUCGUCUUGUUGCACUUUGUUCAAUCUCACCUGAGUCUCGCACUGGUGCAGAUCCUGAAAAGUAUCGGCGCAAAGAUUCAUGCCAUCGUUGAUUCAGAAACAGACCAAUUGAUCUUGAAGAAUGAUUACCAGGUGCCUCAGAGUUGCAUCUUCACCAGCGGUGGCGAGCCAAUCAUGAACGGGUCAAAGGUGGACUAUGUGCUGGGGCUGCCAGGCCAUCAAUCAGAGGACUUGUUGAAGUGCCUCUCAUCAACGGGAACCUUCCUCGAUAUCUCUGAUUCUCCCGCAACGAGAGGCCUACCCGAGACUUUGCGUUCUAGCCAAGCCUAUCGUGUCGUCAACACUGCACUUCUUAGUGUUGAAGAACCCGAAUUGAUUGGAAGGGCAUUCCAGGAGUGCAAAUCCUACUUCUCCGAAAAGCCAAGGCUGAGCUGGACGACGCUCGUCUCAAUCUUUGAUGCAGACCACAGUCGUGAAGCAUUCCAAGCUGCUUCUCGAGAGGGGUCCAGAGAAUCCAAGGUCAUCCUUCAGACGCCCGACCAGGACCAGCGCAAAAGGCUUGAGAUGUCAUCCUCUGCAACGGUACUCAGCUUCCGCUCAGAUGCUGCUUAUUUAAUGGUCGGUGGUUUGGGAGGCUUGGGCCGUGCUGUGUCGACUUGGAUGGUCGAGAAUGGCGCCAAGGAAUUGGUUUUCCUUUCACGCUCUUCAGGAGGGACGUCUGAGACGUCCAACUUUCUCGAGGAAUUGCGAAGCCAGGGUUGUCUCGUAAAGGCUGUUGCUGGUAGCGUGACAAACCUGGACGACGUGUCACGCGCGAUCAAAUCAGCUACCAGGCCUAUCGCCGGAGUCAUUCAAAUGUCAAUGGUGUUGAGGGACAACGCAACUACACGUAUGACAUUUACAGAAUGGAGAGAGUGUGUCAGCCCUAAAGUCGACGGCACGCUGAACCUCCAUAAUGCACUGCUGCAUCAGCAGCUAGACUUCUUCCUGCUCUUUUCGUCCAUGAGUGGAAUUACCGGACAGAUUGGUCAAGCCAACUACAACGCCGCCAAUGCGUAUCUCGAUGCUUUCGUCAAAUUUCGCCACGGCCUUGGACUUCCAGCUUCAGUCAUCGACAUCGGUGUGAUGGGCGGCAUUGGAGUCGUUGCCCAGACAGAUAACAUGGAGCUCAGGGCAAAGGCAGCUGGCUACCAUGUUCUCGGCGAGCAAGACCUGUUGGACUGCAUGACAGCAAGCAUUCUCCACUCUCAGCCCAACCCGGAUGCGACCUCCGACAUGAGUCAAAUGGUCCUGGGGUUGUGGUCCCAGAAGCCGCUAGCUGAUCCUUCGACCCACGUUCUGUGGAAGAGAGAUGCUCGCAUGGGUCUUGCAUACAGUUUCAACAGCCAACGUGGCAGCAGCGCACAGGAACAAGCUGGCGAGGAUAAGGUGGACGCCAUUGUAUUUCUCGCCAAGACCAACCCGGAGAAGCUGCAAGAUGAGGCGACCAUCGAGCUCAUCGUCAAGCAUAUUGGAAAUGCAAUGUCAGAAUUGCUUGCUCAACCAGACGCGGAAAUUCUGCCCACCGCGUUGCUAGACGACAUCGGCUUGGAUUCCUUGAACGCUAUCGAGCUCACCGGGUGGAUUUCGCAGUACUUCUUCGUCGACUUGCCAUUAUUCGAUUUGAUUCACACGCCGACCUUAUGGGAUCUUGCAGUCAAGGUAGCUGAGUUGAUGUAUGAACAGUUCGGGCAACCAAGCAACUGA